GAAGAAACGAAGCGGUCUGCUUCGUUUAAUAAAGUGUAUACCGUAUUAGUGUAAAAAUGAAGAAGCCUAAAUAUAAACAUAUAGUAAAGCAACCAAAACGGCUGUAUGAAGUUUCUGUGGAAGACCUCUGGGAUGAAAUAAGUCAUUUGAAAUCAUAUGUUUCUAAUCUAAAAGAUGAAAACCAAAAACAGAAAAUCCAGUUGCUUAAGAUGGAGGAAGCAGUGCGCACAAGAGAUCAACAAAUUGAACACUUAAUGAAUCCAAUAAAUAAUUCACGAAUCAUGCAGAUCAUUUCAGAUAAAGCAGUCACUCUGAUAAUGGAGUUAACGAAACGGAACAAACACUUGGAGAAAAAAAUUGUUGAGAGAGAUAGUUUUAUACAGAAACUGCAGAAAAUAAAUAACACAGCAGUUCAAAAUAUACAGGUGUCAAGAGCACAGAAAUCAUUGCACCACAAAGAGGAAACAAGAUCAACAAGUGCAUUGAGCAACUUGAUAGCUACAUCACGUGAUUUACCUACACCAUCUGAUAUUUUUCUUGAUGUGGAUAGUAGCGGAAUCAGUUGUCCUGUUAGUUGUGUGAAAUUUUCCACAUGUUCACCAACUUCACAUGCCAGUGAUGCAUCUAUUAUGAAAGAAACUUCACUUUUCAGAAAUGAUGGUGAUUCUCAGCCAGGGACUGCAGGAGGAGAUAUUCAGAAUAUAAGUGAAACAAUACCAGUAUCAGAAAUGACUGAAAAGAAGUCAGUACACAUCAGCACAGCAACAGGUGCAGAGAAUCCAGAUUGCUCAGAUUUUGAAAUUUUUGAUAAUUUUUGUUCUACAAAUGAUCCUGAGGAAACAUUAGAUGACAGUGACAUAAAAAGAUUAAUUAAAUCUGUUAGAAAAUUAAAGAAACAGAGGAAGAUUAUGUUACAACAAAUAGCAGACAAGAACAAUGAAAUUCAACUUUUGGUGUCUCAUAUAAAGACACUCGAAGAAAGGCAAGACAGAAUAUGUGAAUUAAAAAAGCAGAGAGCAUGUGAAAGAAGCAGAUACACUGGAGACUAUGGGUUUACAGAACUGUUACAGAAUGAUGAACCUGGAAAGCUACCUCCAGAUUCUAGAAAAGAAGCUCGGAAACGAAGAAAAAUUGCUCCCUCUGCUGUUAAAGUACAAACAGCAGUAGCACCUGUUUCUGAUUCUCAUAUUGGUACAGGAAAAAUUCAUAAACAACCAAAGGAAUUUCAUAAACAGAACAUUAAGAUUUGCAGGUGGCAUUUUCCUUCUCUGCAUUUAAUUCACAAGGGGCAUAAAUUAUAGUGAAGAUCAACAGAACAACAAAACUUCAGGUGUGACUCAUCAUUAUAAGUGAAAAUGGAAACUACAGAUUAAAUGAAAGUGCUUAAUGAAGAAGU